AUGGAUAUCAGCCAGUCAUCAGUACAAGGCAACAUACAAGCUCUGGCUGCGCUCUUUAAGCAGCUAGGGAUUGGCGAUCCUACGGAUCCCGAUGACAAGGAUCAGGUCGCACGUUCCGAUGUGGGAGAUCACGUCGUACUCGUCCACGGCGAUCUUGCAACGUGUGAACGCGUACAGAGUCUCCGGCAGUCGCGAGGUGAGGAGACGACAGCUUUCCGCAGAUUCCAGCUGGUGAUCUUCGUCAUCGGCCUAUUCCACCUAAAGAUGGCAUGCGCAGAUGCGAUCUGGAAAAUCUUCAUCCAUCCCCUCAAGGCUCGGCUGGACGAGACAAGUCUAAUGAAGCAGGUUGCUGAGAUACGGCCAAAGGAGACGGGGAAAAUAGGCAGCAAACCUGGCUUUCGACGCAUGCAUGAAGUGAUCCGACACGUCGGUGCAGUGUCUCGUCUCGAGUGCUGGAGACAGGAGAUCUCGACGCGGAGGCCACAGAACUUCGCGACCCUGGAGGCAUGGGCGGAGUCAGCGCCUUCACUGGAAGACGUAGAGAAGAUCGCCAACGUACUGGUCAGGAAAUACGUUGCCAACGCGCGCUCUGCUAGAGCGCGUUAUGACGUGCCGGACCAGCGUGAUCAACAAUCGGAGAACAUACGCAUGCGCGAGCGGUACUUCCUGCUGUACGAAGAGCUUACAUGGGCGCUGAAUGCAGGCGAUAUUGGGAGUGUCGAAGACUGCUUUAUGCCGUGGGUAUUCAUCUUCAAGGGCUGUGGCAAGCACAAGUAUGCAACACAGAUGGUGCAUUUCCUAUAUGACCUGCAUUUCGUAUAUCCUGUGCAGCUUCGACGUGCAAUCCGGAUGAACAUUUUAUGUAAUCCCAGUGGGAAAAAGCACCACUUCCGCGCGAUUGAUUGGUGGGUCGAGCAUAACAAUCUAUAUAUUAAGCGGAUAUAUGGCGGACAAUCCUCGAACCAUACAAAGCACCACAUCAUCAAGGGAUCCGCGCUGAUCGAGGUCUUCAAAAAAGUCAGGAUUAGUCUGGAAGACACGUUCGCGUUAGAUCACCGCACGUACCGACAUUCGCCGCCAAAGAUGCAGCAGACGUUCCAGAAGCUUGCACGGUACAUGCAGGACAGCAAGACACAUAUCCACAUCCCCGGCCGCAAGAGCGCGUACUCGAUCAGCGAUGCAUGGGAGGCAGGGAUGUACAAGAUGUUCGUUACGGGUUGGAGUCGCUCCGACGGCGGAGAGGAUGGGAUCGCCGCUGAAGAUACGGCAGAGGGGGAAGUAGAUGGUGAACAUGGUGACUUGGAUGUAUGA